AUGGCCAGGGCGUCUCUGGGGCUUCUUCUGCUCUUUUUGGGGAGAAGUUUGGGCCGAGGCUGCUGGGAUUCAGAAACCUUCGCCACGCCUAAGCAGAGCCACAGCGAGUGGCUGGCGGAGCUGAAAUCCUGGCGCGAAGGACAUUCAAAGAGAUAUCAGGCAGAUGCCUACAAAGAUCCUACCUUAACCUGGACUCGAACCUCUUACGUCCAACCGCAAAUCCACUUGUACGAUCGUUUUCUCUUCGAUGGGUCCUGGACGCCGGAACGGUACUUGGAUGAUUUGGAGCAUCGUUACGGUGGCAUCGACUCGGUGCUCAUUUGGCCCACCUACACGAACAUCGGGAUCGAUGAUCGGAACCAGUUCGACUACUUUCGAGCGGUGCCCGGUGGACUGAAGGCCUUGACGAACCUAACGGCCUCCUUCCACAAGCGGAAGGUGAAGGUUCUCUGGGCCUACAACCCCUGGGAUCAGGCGACGCGGGACGAGGGCCGGCACUGGGAUGUCCUGGCCACUCUCCUAAAAGCCACCGGAGGCGAUGGCUUCAACGGGGACACCAUGACAACGAUCCCUCUUGAGUUUUGGGAAGCCGGUGCAAAUCGUAACUUCACCUUCGCACUAGAGCCUGAAGGGGGCGGCGUCCCCUGCGAUGACGACUUUUCCAGCGCAGGAUGGACACCGCUCGGAUGGGGAUACUUUGGCCAGAAGCGAGCGGACCGCAUGACUAUGAAGUACGACUACGAGCCUGGUGUCGACAAGAUGAAGUGGCUCGAUCCCCGCGGCAGACAUUUGACCCAUGUCUGUGAUCGUUGGUCCAAGAGCCGCGCGGCCGCCAUACAGCUGGCCUUCUUCAAUGGAGAUGGCUACGAGUCAUGGGAAAACAUCUGGGGACUCUACAACCAGCUGACUGACAGAGACGCUGAGCUCCUCCGUCGAAGUGCCACCCUCCUUAGAUGGGCGGGCCAACGGAACCUGAGCCAUGACUUUGAUGAAUGGGUCCCUCACGCACCUGAGGCGACAGAUGCCUCCAAGGGCAUCUUUGCCUCGCGCUUUGAGAAGGCGAAGGAGGCCUUGUGGUUCCUGGUGAACAAAGGAAAAGAAGACGCUGAGAUCAAAGUGCGAAUACCCGAGCCCUACCUGGCCGAAGGCUUUGAGAUUUUCGACCUCUACCACGGAAAGAAGGUGAGCCCUGAGACGGAGGGUGUGGUGGAGCUGGGCAUCGAAGCUUCCGGGAUCUCGGCACUUCUCGCAACGCAAGAGCCGCCGCGGGCGCUCCUUGAGAGGAUGAGGAAGCUCUCCAGCACCCGCCUCGCAGAGUUUUCUGACCUUUGGCACGUUCUGCCACAGAAGAUGGACCCCAGGCCGUCUUCCAAGAUCUUUGAUUCCUCGAGCCCACCGCCAGAGAUGGUCUUGCUCCCCCGCAUGGAGUUCAACUUUUCGAGCAGCGGCACGGAGUUCGAGGGCGGCUGCGACCCGGCCGAGGACGACAACGAGAUCUGCUGCCGGGACGGCUGCGUGGAGCAUGGAGCUCCCAGCUGCCAGUGCGGCCUCGUGCAGUUGGAGUACUUCGGAGUCGACGUGCAAUUCCCAUGGGAAGACCGACCAGGACGGAAUCACAGAAAGGCUCUUGAUCUCGGCCCUGUUCUCCUUGAUCGCGAUUUGGUCACAAACGCUGACUAUCUCCGGUAUUUAAAUGCCAGUGGAUAUAGUCCUGUUGACAACUUCAAUUUCUUGAAGCACUGGCAGACUGGCAGGCCGAAGCCAGGCGAUGAGCAGAAACCGGUUGUGAACAUUGGCUUCGAAGAAGCAGAGAGGUACUGUCGCUUCUACGGAAAGAGGUUGCCUCACAGUUAUGAGUGGCAACUCGCCGCGCAGGGGCCGGAUGGAAGAAAAUAUCCUUGGGGUGAUCACUGGGAUCCUUCUGCCGUCCCCCCUCCCGGUCACGAUCCCGAAAGCAUUCGGAAACACGAGAAGGGCACGUCCGUCUUCGGUGUGCACGACUUGAUUGGAAACGUGUGGCAAUACACGGACUCCUUCCGGGAUGAGCACACAAGGGCCGUCCUGCUGAGGGGGUCCAGCCGUUACAACCCGCAAGUCUCGGAAGCCUUCCCCUCCCUUCAUCAGUCUGUGAACUGGUAUUUCCCUCCUGCUCGCGAGUUAAACAAGCACUCGAAGUACUUCCUCAUGAGUGAGAGCUACGAGCGUGCUGGGACACUUGGCUUCCGCUGUGCCGGAGACGUGGCCAACGGUGCACCUGCUCCAUAUCAUUACCGAAACGGUGAAGAGAACCACAAGGAAGUUCAGUUCGUUUGA